AUGUCUCUACAGUUAGAAGAUCUUCCAUUCGUUGGCGGUUCGGGAACUUCCAUCAGAGUUCUAUUUGUCAAUCCUAAUGCCACAGCCUCGAUGACAGCGUCUUGUCUGAAGAUGAUUUCUAGCAGUCUUCCGCCGGACACUACGGUCUAUGGGUAUACUGGGCCAGCUGGUAAGGCUCCGGUGACAAUUGAAAGUCAUUUAGACUCCGUGAUAUCUGCAGCCGAGUGUCUUAGAGAUGCCUACCCUCUCUUCUCUCAAGUCGAUGCCGCUGUUGUUGGCUGCUUCUCGGACCAUCCUCUCGUCAACUCUAUACGAGAAGAGUUUGAUAUCCCAUGCUGUGGAAUAAUGGAGGCAGCAUUCUACACUGCCAGGAUGCUCGGCGGAAAGUUUGGAGUCCUUUGUACUGGAUAUCGAUCACAAAUCCGUCACCAGUACGCCGUCCAAGCCUACGGCUUGGAAAACUUCUGCGCAGGCCUUUUGUCGACAAAACUCACAGUCAAGGAGCUAGAGACGAAGCCAAGAAAAGAGGUUCUCUCAUUGAUGGCCAGUUGUGCAAAGCAGCUGGUUGAGCAGCAAGAUGCCGACUGUAUUGUUCUCGGCUGUGCGGGGAUGGCAGAUAUGGCUUCAGCUGUCGAACAGGCACUGGAAGGACGCAGCGUGCAAGUCAUCGACGGAGUUUGCUGUGCCGUUAAUAUACUGUCUGGCUUUGUACGUAUGGGGAUGAGAACUUCCAAACGGGGAUUGUUCACAUGGGCUAAGCCGGGAAGAGAAUUAAGGGGACAGCCUUACCUCUAA